AUGUGUGUGUAGUCAUCAUGUGAUCAUACUAUGGGCUGGUUGAACAUGGACAAGUGUUGCCUACUUAGAUGAAAUAAAUAACUCUCACUUUACAUGUACUAAUGACAGCAGUCCAUCGAAAUAAUACUCAGCAAUCAUCUAAUGAUGUUUUGCCAGAAAAUUCAGCCGACGAACAAACAGAAAAGCUUUUCACAGGUGAACAUGACGAUGAUAAACAAAACGACUGCUCUUCUCCGGAUGACCAAACAAACCAUGUGGAAGCUGGAGUUUCAGCGGAUAAUAUAAAUGUAAAUCCAAAUAUAAAUACUAAUCCAAGAAGGUUUAGCUUCCGAAAACUAUGGGCUUUUACAGGUCCAGGUUUUCUGAUGAGUAUUGCUUACUUGGAUCCAGGUAAUAUAGAAUCUGACCUUCAGACAGGAGUCAUUGUUAAAUAUAAGUUAUUAUGGAUGUUGUUUUGGUCAACAUUCAUGGGUUUGAUAUUACAACUCCUGGCAGCUCGACUUGGAUCUGUCACUGGAGAGAACUUAGCCCAAGUCUGCAGAAAAGAAUAUCCCAAAUUCCCUCGCCUACUUCUCUGGAUAAUGAUUGAGUUAGCUAUUAUAGGCAGUGAUAUUCAAGAAGUCAUUGGUUCGGCAAUUGCAAUUAACCUCCUGUCAAAUGGAUUGGUUCCAAUAUGGGGCGGUGUUUUAAUCACUGGUUUGGACACAUUCACUUUUUUAUUCCUGGAAAAUGCAGGACUGAGAAUACUGGAAGGUUUCUUUGGUCUACUAAUCUCUAUAAUGGCAGUGUGUUUCAUGUACCUGUUCAUUAUUAUCAAGCCAGACUUUGUAGAAAUCAUGAAAGGUUUAGCCAUUCCGUGGUGUAAAGACUGUAGCAGAGAUGGUAUUCAACAAAUGGCUGGCAUUAUUGGAGCUGUUGUGAUGCCUCAUAAUAUAUAUCUUCACAGUGCUCUCGUUUUGUCUCGUAGUGUUGACCGAACGGACAAAAGAAAUAUCAAAGAAGCUAACAUGUAUUAUACCAUUGAAUCGUCUUUGGCCCUGUUCUUAUCAUUUAUCAUCAACAUGUUUGUGGUAACUGUCUUCGCUGCUGCAAACCUACCUGAUGGCACUGAUACACUUGCAAAAGCUGGAACAUGGUUAGCUACACACUUCAAUAUGCCUGCUUUAAAAAUUAUUUGGGCAGUUGGAGUUUUGGCUUCUGGACAAAGUUCAACUAUGACGGGAACUUAUACUGGACAGUUUGUCAUGGAGGGUUUCCUUAACAUCAGAUGGCCAAAAUGGCAGCGUGUACUGAUGACCCGAUCAAUUGCAAUGGUUCCAACGAUUUUGGUGGCAUUAUUAGCUCAGAAAUUCUUGGAUCCUUUGAACACUUGGUUAAAUGUGUUACAGAGUGUCGAAUUACCAUUUGCAUUGUUUCCCAUUCUUCACUUUACAAGCAGUUUGAAGAUAAUGAAUGAUUUCAAAAAUGGCAGAAUCCUGCAAGGUGUUGUGUGGUUCUUAGCCAUCUUAGACAUUGGUGUCAAUAUUUACCUGAUUAGCUUUUACAUCAACAGUGAAAGUCCUUGGUAUGUUUACUUGAUAACAGCCAUUGUUGGUCUACUGUAUUUCAUGUUUGUUUUAUACCUGGGUAUUGGGAGGAAGAAUUGCCUCAAAUUAAAGAUAUUUGUACUGAGAUGUCUUAGAAGAAUUUCUGAUUUGCCAGCCUUUGAACGAGAAGAACAAAUAGCCUAUGAAAUUUUAGAAGAACAAUAUUAAGCACCAGGAUUUUAAAGAAUAUUUCAAUUAUUUUAAUAAUAACUGGAAUUUAAUUGUCUUAAUAUAAUGUAGUCUUCUAUGACAAAAUGGAAAAGAAUUUGUCAACUGUCCAACACUUAAUUUCUGCAAAGAAAUAUGCUUUUUUGGAGAAUAUACAGUUUUCCAAAUAAACUGUUCUAAUUUUAUAGAAUUCUCUUAAGAAAAAUGGAAAUUGUUUUGGAAAGUAGAAACC